AGCAAACAAGCAAACCAUAAGUGCCAGUGAAGGAGAGCAACCAGGCUCUGUGUUUUAAUUGACUUGCUAUGAGAUGAUUUUAGAUACACAAGGACCAAAAUACCUCAAAGUUUGCUAUAAUUGGAUAGGCUGACAUGCACUGCCGCUGAAACUUUAUACAGCGUCCUCUGCUCCAAAGUCGAGAGAGUGAAGAUGAUCAAGAGAUGGGCAAUUUACUGACAGAGAAAGAAAUAGUGAACAACGCACGUUUUGUUUUCACAAGUUGUUGCCUGUGAACUUCGUUUUAAUUUUUGCGGGUAUCAGGAUUUCAUUGUUCAGUGGAUGACACUCAAUUCAUUCAAAUGCGCUUUCCCUUUGGAUGAAGUUGGAUUCUUGGACCCUGUUGGGCGAAAAAAUGUCACUUUAAAAUCCUGGUUGCGAAGUUCUGGGGUGCUUUUCCGUUCAUUGCUUAGUUUUACAAAUGAUCUUUUCUUUCUCCCCUCGUAAUCAUCAGAACUGAUCGUGGAAGAAGUUUUUCAGAGAAAGAGAUUUUAUUGCAGGGUUUAAUGUCCUUCUAUCUCUUCCCUGAAAAAAGAAAUGAUCCUUCGAGCAAUGUCUCAAGUUUCUGUUAUUGUCAUAAUUCUCUUGUUAUGGACUGGAGAAGAAACAAACGCACAGAGAGCAGGCUGCAAGAAUGUCCACUAUGACCUGGUCUUUCUGCUGGACACUUCCUACAGCGUGGGCAAGGAGAACUUUGAAAAAGUCAGGCAGUGGGUGGCCAACUUGGCAGGGACGUUUGAUAUUGGUCCAGAUAAGACGAGAGUAGGGGUCGUAAGCUACAGUGACAAGCCUCACACAGAAUUCACCUUAGGCACUUAUCAGAACAUAGAAGAUAUCCAGCAGGCUGCAGCAAGCAUCAGGUACCGCCGAGGAAAUACUGUAACUGGAGAGGCCAUUGGCUAUGUCACCUUGAACAGCUUCUCACAGCAAGCUGGCGGGAGACCCAAUGACCCAAAUAUUCAGAAAGUGGCAAUUCUUUUGACAGAUGGCAGAAGUCAGGAUGAAGUGUUGCCGAAUGCCACAUUGGCUCACUCUGCUGGCAUCAGGCUGUUUGCUGUGGGUGUUGGUGAUGCCCUUAAAGAAGAACUAGAGGAGAUUGCCUCAGAACCCAAAUCAGCUCACAUGUUCCAUGUUACUGACUUCAAUGCCAUAGACAAGAUCCGAGGAGUAUUGCGACAAAGGCUAUGUCAAAAUGUGCUAUGCCCAAAUUUAAGAUUGGAAGGUAGUCAGUACAAGUUAGAAAAUAAGGCUUCAGUUAACAUCCCAGGUUUUGAUUUGAUGGAGCGGUUCCAUGUGAAAAGUAUUAUUGGAACAAAAGAUAGAGGAUUUGUUCGCCUUGGAACAAUGCCCAUUGUUCAGAUGACCAAAGACGUGUUUCCUCAAGGCCUGCCUGAUGAAUAUGCUUUUGUUGCCACAUUCAAAUUCCGUAAAGCUUCCCGAAGAGAAGACUGGUACAUCUGGCAAAUUAUUGACAAGUAUGGGAUCCCACAGGUUUCCAUUCGAUUAGAUGGUGAGGACAAAGCUGUGGAAUACAAUGCAGUUGGACUGAGAAAAGAUGCUGUGAGAACUGUUUUCAAAAACAAAGAAGUCAGCGGCUUAUUUGACCGUGAUUGGCACAAGCUGGCACUCAGUAUUCAAUCGAGCAGUGUCUCUCUCUACAUUGACUGCAAACUGAUUGAAACACUGCCAUUAGAAGAACGGGAGAACAUCAACAUUCGAGGGAAAACAGUGAUUGGCAAACGUCUGUAUGAUAGUGUCCCAAUUGAUUUUGACCUUCAACGGAUUGUCAUUUAUUGUGAUGCCAAGGAUGCAGAGCUGGAGACCUGCUGUGAUCUUCCCAGCAAUCCAUGUCAAAUUACUGUUGCCACACAACAUCCUCAUUUGGAGAUCUCAACAAUCCCACAACCACCUGCUGAAGUUGACAGCACAAAGACCAUUAACUGUUCCUGCCUUCAGGGAGAAAAGGGUGAGCGUGGUCUACCUGGUUUUGGACACAGAGGUCUGAAGGGUGAACCAGGCCAAGUGGGAGCUGAAGGCCCCAAAGGACAAAAAGGAGAACCUGGUACAAUAAGCUACGAUUCAUGGGUGAAAGGUGAAAAGGGAGAUCCAGGUCCACAAGGGCAGACAGGACAAACAGGCCUGAAAGGUGAAAAAGGAGACCAAGGUUAUCCAGGAGAACAGGGAUUUCGAGGCGUCGCUGGACCAUCUGGUAUCAAAGGUGAAGCGGGUCAGAAAGGGUCCAUUGGAGACAAGGGGGAAAGUGGCUUUGAUGGAUUUCCUGGAAAAGCAGGCCUUCCUGGUGAAGUGGGUGCACCUGGUAGCCCAGGAAUUUCUGGUACUCCUGGAGAAAAAGGAGAAAAAGGAGAAGCUGGACCUCCAGGUUACCCGGGCAGUGUGGUAGAACUUGGUGGUUUGAAAGGAGAGCCAGGUCAGCCAGGACUUCGUGGACAUCCAGGCUUGCCAGGUCCUAUAGGGCCAAUGGGUCGUCCUGGUCUGGAUGGCACUGCUGGAAAACCUGGAUCAUCAGGUCAAAGGGGAAGGAAGGGUGAUCGGGGACUGCCUGGUUUGCAAGGAAUUGCUGGACCUCCGGGUCCUAAAGGGGAACCUGGUGCUCCCGGACCGACAGGACAGCCUGGAGAACAGGGACUACCAGGUGAAAUUGGCUUCCCAGGAAAACCCGGAUCAAUUGGAAAACCAGGUGCACCUGGGAUAGAUGGGAAAAAUGGCUUCCCUGGACCUCCUGGAGUUAAGGGAGAAGCUGGAGAUCGUGGACUGGAUGGCAUCCCUGGAAAGCCUGGUGAAAUGGGAGAAGGAGGGGUACCAGGUAUGACAGGGCCCAGUGGACCAAAGGGAGAAACUGGUCUUCCUGGACACCCUGGGCUACCAGGUCCAAAGGGAAUGAAAGGAGAGCAGGGAGAACCAGGGAGACAAGGUUUGGUUGGUCCAAAAUCAGAAAAGGGUGAAAAAGGUGACAAGGGAUCUAUUGGACCUCCUGGCUCUCCAGGCCUACCAGGGACGUCAACUGAAGGUUUUCCUGUGCCUGGGAUACCGGGUUUGGAUGGGGAGAAAGGAGAGAAGGGAAGUGCAGGAGAACCAGGAGAACCUGGUUCCCAUGGAUCACCAGGUGCAAGUGGACCGCAGGGACCUCCGGGCCAAAUGGGUCAGCAGGGUGAACAAGGUCGACCUGGAAUCUCUGGAGCAAAAGGUGAAAUGGGUAUUCCUGGAAGACCAGGACCACCAGGGUCACGUGGCGUGCCAGGAAAUGUGGGAAUCCCAGGAGAUCCUGGCCCUCCAGGCAAGGAUGGUCCCAAAGGUGAGACGGGAGCGCCUGGUGCAGAUGGUGAACCAGGAUCACCAGGAAUUCCAGGUGACACAGGACCAGCUGGAAUUCCUGGAUUGCCAGGAGAAGGUAAAACUGGUAAACCGGGUCAACCUGGUACACCUGGCUUAGUAGGCCCACAAGGAGCAAAGGGUGAUCCAGGAGAUCCUGGUAUACCAGGGUUACCAGGAGACAGAGGCCCUCCAGGUGAAGGGAACCCAGGCCCACCAGGUGCUGCAGGACACCACGGAGAAAGGGGCCAUCCGGGUCCCCGAGGCCCACCAGGAACUCCAGGCCAGCCUGGAAGUGAUGGGUUACCAGGGCCUAGAGGAGAUCCAGGACCUCCAGGAGAACCUGCGUCAUUACCUCUUAUUUCAAGGGGACAGAUAGAAUACAUGGUACAGGACUUGUGCACAAGUUGUCCAGCUGGUCCACCAGGUCUCCAAGGGCUACCAGGUUUGAAAGGAAGCAAAGGUCAUGCAGGGCUCCCUGGGAAAGAUGGAAAAGAUGGUCUAAUGGGCGAACCGGGACCAUCAGGGCUGCCUGGACCACAAGGCCCAGCAGGAAUGACGGGCAGUAAAGGAGAUCGCGGUUUGCCUGGCUCAUCUGGUGAAAAAGGCGAGCAGGGUAGUCCUGGGCUGCCUGGUUAUCCCGGACCUCCUGGAAUUGUCGGCCAACCUGGAGCUGAUGGCAUUCCUGGAUCGUCUGGUGCCCCAGGGCUACGAGGAGAGAAGGGGAAGGAAGGUGCUCGAGGAAAUCCGGGACCUCCUGGACCAUUAGGGCCACCUGGCCUUACUGGCAAAGCUGGAAAGGACGGGAAACCUGGACCUGCAGGGGAACCAGGCCGGCCGGGAAACCCUGGGCCUCCUGGCAGGAGUGGCCUUCAAGGAAUGCCCGGCUUCAAAGGCUCUAAAGGUGCUCCUGGCCCAAUUGGUCCAAGAGGGGAAACAGGAAUUGUUGGGCCACCAGGCCAGCCGGGCUCACCUGGGAAAGAUGGUGAACAAGGACCUCCAGGACCUCAGGGACCUCCAGGUUUAAGAGGUAUUCAGGGUAAAAGUGGUCCUCCUGGUCCUGAGGGAAAACUUGGUCCUCCAGGUGACCAGGGACCAAAGGGUUCUAGUGGAAGAUCUGGAGACCCAGGGUUUCCAGGGCCCCAAGGACUACCAGGACAACCGGGACAGCCAGGAGAGACGGGAUUCCCGGGAAAAACAGGAUCUCCAGGCAAACCAGGUGAACGGGGGUCCAAAGGAGAAAGAGGUGAGCCAGGUACCAAAGGUGAAAAAGGAAUCCAGGGAGACAAAGGACGACCUGGUGAUCCAGGGUCUCCAGGUAUAAAAGGACACACUGGGAUAAUGGGUCCAGUGGGGCCUCCAGGAGAAAGAGGCCCAGUUGGGUUACCUGGCCAAUCGGGUCUUCCCGGAAAACCUGGAGAAAGAGGCGAACCUCCAUCUUCUGAGUACCUGAGAAGACUUAUAAGGGAAGAGCUGUCAAAGCAGCUCGAUGUGCGGCUGUCCUAUCUCAUGUCUCAGUUUCCACCAACAUCCAUUAAAGCACCGCCUGGGAAGCCAGGACCUCCAGGCCCAGCAGGGACUGAUGGAUUUCCUGGGAGACCUGGUGUCCCUGGAGAACCUGGGCCACCUGGGCAACCUGGCUCUGAAGGAGCCAGUGGACCAAUGGGUCCAAAAGGUGAUAGGGGUGCUAAAGGUGAAAAAGGAGAGACAGGUAUUGGACAGAGGGGUGAUCCUGGUCCACCAGGCCCUGCUGGUACCCCUGGAACACCUGGCUAUGGGAAAGAUGGAGUUCCUGGUACUCCAGGGCCACCAGGAGAAUCUGGCCUACCUGGAGGGAUAGGUCCUCAAGGACCCCCUGGUCAGAAUGGAAUCUGUGACCUGGCUCAAUGUGCUUAUUAUGCAAGUAUGGCCAGCCGUCCAGCUAACCAAAAAGGACCUUGAGCCAAAACAAGGAGGGUUUGAAGAGAUGAAGGAUGCAGAUUCUGUUUAAUACAAACGUAAAAAUAUAUCCGACCGCAGUCUGUACAGCGAUCGCUCCAAGCGCACAUGUGGCCAGCUAGAUGAGUUUUGAUGUGAGAUCCUGCCAUCUCCUAGAAAAUCAGGAGAAAUGUACUGUUUCCCAGCCAUUAAACACACACACACACACACACACACACACACACACACACACACACACACACACACACACACACACACACACACAGGCCCCUGGUGAUUUAAAAACUUUCUAACUGUACAUAUUUUCAAAAUCUGCAGCAUGUUACCUGUAUAGUUGUACCUCAUCUGUAGUACAAUCCAGUGUGGCAUGUGUGAAAUGCAAUUUAUAUGCAGUAGAUUACUGAGUUAUUGUUGGAUUUCAGUGUUGUGAAUAUAUAUAUAUAUAUAUAUAUAUAUAUAUAAAGUAAAAU